GCAUUAAUUCCUAGGAAGAAGCUACAUAGGCCUACAUCUUUUUAGUCGAGAAGGAUGUCCUUUUUAAAUAUAACCAGCUGCUAAUAUUUUCUAUUUGGAUUGAUGUAUAUAAUUACCCAAAGAGUCUCACAUUAGGGGCGAGUGUAGGCUGUAGAAAGGAUCGAAGUAUUCUAUAGUCAACGUUGAAAAUGAGAUUUGCAAUGUUUAUUUCUCUGCUGAGGCCGAUCGGGCCGGUUAUUAUCGGUGUUUCUUUGGGAUUUACCUUAAGUUUACUUAGUGUGAAUUGGGUAGAGGAAUCUUGUGUCCUCGACGGGAAAGCAAGUGAAGAAAUACGUUUGGCCCAAGAUGGGAAUUCAAAAGGAGCGAGGAGACCAAAUUCGAUAUCGACGGUGGAUGUGGAUGCCGAGGAAGAUUUUGAGCCAAGAAUAGUGCCAUAUAAACCAGUCCAACAAAGCCAAACAAAGAAACUUUUUCGGUAAGCAUUCAAAAACCAUGGUUAAAACCCGAAAAGGUCAAAUGUGUUAUUAUAAACAUGUUUCAACAGUGUAGCCUACUUAGAGCUUAUUUUUCCAGUUGACUGGGACUGUCUGUGACGCCAUUGCCCCACAACCUUUUCAGAAUGGAUAUUAUGUUGGCAGUUUUCCUAGGAAAACUCCUUACUAUGUUGCCAAUUGGCCUUCAACAGUAUAUUAUGAGCCUAGGUUAAUUUAGGCAUGUGGUUGUUUUCACCUCUUUCUUAAUCAGUUUCUUUUUUUUGCAUUAUUUUUUAACUCAUAGACCUAUCAGAUGUCAAGCACACUUAAACAACAUCAGACAGGAAUUGAUGAACAAUAUAACAUUACAUUGGAAAUCAGUCUUUCUUGGAAUCUGCUGUUAUUGUGCCCACUAAAACAGAAACAUCUUUGAAAGGCCGACAUUCCUGAAAUGUUUCACUAAUUUUACAUCCUUCACCCUGUCUGUGGCCUUUAGUCUCCAACUACCAGAGUACAGUAUUUUUGUCCAUAACACAUUAUUGAAAAGUUUUAUUGACAUAGUCUACCUAUUGUAUGUGCUAGAAUAUUUGGAGAAUUGGUGCCAUGUGCUUGCCUAACCUUGUAUAGCAACAGUCAAGUUUUGCAUCACAGUGUUGUUGUGGUGUGUUACCCUGGAACUAUAAUUUAAUUUCAGCAGAAUCUGGAUAAAUAAUGUCAUUGGGAGUAACUUUAACUAUACCAUGUUGUUACCACUUUAUUCCACGAUGUAACAUGACUUACUUACUUAGUCCAUUGGGUCCCUGGUGUGACAUAAGGCCGAAACAAUCUUCUGCCUUGUAUCCUGUCCCAUGAGACCCAUCUUUUCUAGCUCAGCCUGUAAUGUGAAGAACUACCAAAAUGUUAUUAGACAAAAUAUGCUAGGAUGUUUUCUCAUGACCUUCACAGCAGUGUGUAACAGUAUUUGGUUUGAUCUGAAUAAAAAAAAUGCCUAUGAAAACAUUAAUUUCAGGGGGUUAGAAUAAGUUUUGCCCCUACACAUUCCAUGUGUCCUCAUGGACAGCUAGCCAGUAAAAGAGAUGUACAGGAUAGAUACUGUGUUUGUUCAUUCAACCUGUCACACAGCUCCAUUAUAUGAGAUCGAGCUAUGAGCUGCUGGGCCGAGGUCCUUCUCUGGUGCUAACUCUUAAAUCUUGGACUCCAAUGUCCAGGUUUCAAAGGCAGACAAUCCUUAAUCAGUUAACUAUAGCAAAUCAAUUAUUGAUGGUAUUAUACAUUGUGUGAAUGGUUGCAUUUGUUCAAACUUUAAGCAUAAGAAAGUGCAUGAAAUAGUCAAGCUUUCGGAUGGUGAAUGAAGACUUUAAACAUAAGUAAUUGAAAUGCUAAGAUCCAAUUGAAGUACCAGUAUGUUUGCAGUACUGUGUGUGUGUGUGUGUGUAUAUAUAUAUAUAUAUAUAUAUAUAUAUAUAUAUAUAUAUAUAUAUAUAUAUAUAAUAUACAGUACAAGUCAAAAGUUUGGACACACCUACUCAUUCAAGGGUUUUUCUUUAUUUGUACUAUUCUUGACAUUGUAGAAUAAUGGUGAAGACAUCACAACUAUGAAAUAACACAUAUGGAAUCAUGUAGUAACCAAAAAAGUGUUAAACAAAUCAAAAUAUUUUAUAUUUGAGAUUCUUCAAAUAGCCACCCUUUGCCUUGAUGACAUCUUUGCACACUCUUGGCAUUCUCUCAACCAGCUUCAUAAGGUAGUCACCUGGAACGCAUUUCAAUUAGCAGGUGUGCCUUCUUAAAAGUUAAUUUGUGGAAUUUCUUUCCAUCUUAAUGCGUUUGAGCCAAUCAGUUGUGUUGUGACAAGGUGUGUGUGUGUGGGGGUGGGGGGGUGUAUACAGAAGAUAGCCCUAUUUGGUAAAAGACCAAGUCCAUAUUAUGGCAAGAACAGCUCAAAUAAGCAAAGAGAAAUGACAGUCCAUCAUUAUUUUAAGACAUGAAGGUCAGUUAAUGCGGAACAUUUCAAGAACUUUUCAAAGUUUCUUCAAGUGCAGUCGCAAAAACAUUCAAGGGCUAUGAUGAAACUCUCUCAUUUAUUAUUAUUAUUUCACCUUUAUUUAACCAGGUAAGCCAGUUGAGAACAAGUUCUCAUUUACAACUGCGACCUGGCCAAGAUGAGGACCGCCACAGGAAUGGAAGACCCAGUGUUACCGCUGCUGCAGAGGAUAAAUUAAUUAGAGUUACCAGCCUCCGAAAUAGCAGCCCAAAUAAAUGCUUCACAGAGUUCAAGGCACAGACAAAUCUCAACAUCAACUGAUCAGAGGAGACUGUGUGAAUCAGACCUUCAUGGUAGAAUUGCUGCAAAGAAACCACUACUAAAGGACACCAAUAAGAAGAAUAGACCUGCUGGGUCCAAGAAACACAAGCAAUGGACAUUAGACCGGUGGAAAUUUGUCCUUUGGUCUGGAGUCCAAAUUGGAGAUUUUUGGUUCCAACCGCUGUGUCUUUGUGAGAGGCGGUGUGGGUGAACGGAUGAUCUCUGCAUGUGUAGUUCCCAUCGUAAAGCAUGGAGGAGGUGGUGUUAUGGUGUGGGGGUGCUUUGCUGGUGACACUGUCUGUGAUUUAUUUAAAAUUCAAGGCACACUUAACCAGCAUGGCUACCACAGCAUUCUGCUGUGAUACGCCAUCCUAUCUGGUUUGGGCUUAGUGGGACUAUCAUUUGUUUUUAAACUGGACAAUGACCCAACACACCUCCAGGCUGUGUAAGGGCUAUUUUACCAAGAAGGAGAGUGAUGGAGUGCUGCAUCAGAUGACCUGGCCUCAACAAUCCCCCGACCUCAACCCAAUUGAGAUGGUUUGGGAUGAGUCGGACGGCAGAGUGAAGGAAAAGCAGCCGAGAAGUGCUCAGCAUAUGUGGGAACUCCUUCAAGACUGUUGGAAAAGCAUUCCAUGUGAAGCUGGUUGAGGAAUGCCAAGAGUGUGCAAAGCUGUCAUCAAGGCAAAGGGUGGCUAUUUGAAGAAUCUCAAAUACAUUUGUUUAACCCUUCUUUGGUUACUACAUGAUUCCAUAUGUGUUAUUUCAUAGUGUUGAUGCCUUCACUAUGAUUCUACAAUGUAAAAAUAAAGAAAAACACUUGAAUGAGUAGGUGUGUCCAAACUUUUGACUGGUAGUGUGUGUGUGUAUAUAUUUGUAUAUAUAUAUUUAUUUAUUAGUGCCUUGCAUAAGUAUUCAGCCACUUUCUUUAGGCAAACCUAAAUUAGUUCAGGAGUAUAAUUUGCCUUAACAAAUCACAUAAUAAGUGACAUGGAAUCUGUGUUAAAUUGGGUUGACAUUAUUUUUGAAUGAUUAACCCUUCAUCUGUCCUCCAUACAUACUACAUCUGUAUGGUCCCUCUGUGAAAUAUUGUAUUUCAAGCACAGAUUUAACUACCAAGACCAGGGACCUUUUCAAAAGCCUCAUAAAGAAGGGCAGUGGUUGGUAGAUGGGUAACAAUAACAAAUCAGACAUUGAAUAUAUAUUUUUGCUGUGUAUUACAGUGGCUUACGAAAGUAUUCACCCCCUUUGGCAUUUUUCCUAUUUCGUUGCCUUACAGCCUGGAAUUUAAAUUGAUUUUUGGGGGGGUUGUAUCAUUUGAUUUACACAACAUGCCUACCACUUUGAAGAUGCAAAAUAUUUUUUUUUGGAUACAAACAACAGAUAAGACAAAAAACAGAACUUGAGUGCGCAUAACUAUUCACCCCCCAAAGUCAAUACUUUUGUAGAGCCACCUUUUGCAGCAAUUACAGCUGCAAGUCUCUUGGGGUAUGUCUCUAUAAGCUUGGCACAUCUAGCUACUAGGAUUUUCGCCCAUUCUUCAAGGCAAAACUGCUCCAGUUCCUUCAAGUUGGAUGGGUUCCGUUGGUGUACAGAAAUCUUUAAGUCAUACCACAGAUUCUCAAUUGGAUUGAGUUCUGGGCUUUGACUAGGCCAUUCCAAUACAUUUAAAUGUUUCUUCUUAAACCACUCAAGUGUUGCUUUAGCAGUACGCUUAGGGUCAUUGGCAAGUGGCGCAGUGGUCUAAGGCACUGCAUCGCAGUGCUAGCUGUGCCACUAGAGAUCCUGGUUCGAAUCCAGGCUCUGUCGUAGCCGGCCGCAACCGGGAGACCAAUGGGGCGGCGCACAAUUGGCCCAGCGUCGUCCAGUGUAGGGGAGGGAAUGGCCGGCAGGGAUGUAGCUCAGUUGGUAGAGCAUGGUGUUUGCAACGCCAGGGUUGUGGGUUCGAUUCCCACGGGGGGCCAGUAUGAAAACAUUUAAUAAUGUAUGAACUAACUGUAAGUCGCUCUGGAUAAGAGCGUCUGCUAAAUGACGUAAAUGUAAAAUGUCAUUGUCCUGCUGGAAGGUGAACCUCUGUCACAGUCUCAAAUCUCUGGAAGACUGAAACAGGUUUCCCUCAAGAAUUUCCCUGUAUUUAGCGCCAUCCAUCAUUCCUUCAAUUCUGACCAGUUUCUCAGUCCCUGCCGAUGGGGAAAAACAUCCCCACAGCAUGAUGCUGCCACCCCCUGCUUCACAGACAUAGCGUUUUCCUUGAUGGCCAAAAAGCUCAAUUUUAGUCUCAUCCGACCAGAGUACCUUCUUCCAUAUGUUUGGGGAGUCUCCCACAUGCCUUUUGGUGAACACCAAACGUGUUUGCUUAUUUUUUUCUUUAAACAAAGGCUUUUUCCUGGCCACUCUUCCGUAAAGCCCAGCUCUGUGGAGUGUACGACUUAAAGUGGUCCUAUGGACAGAUACUCCAAUCUCCGCUGUGGAGCUUUGCUGCUCUUUCAGGGUUAUCUUUGGUCUCUUUGUUGCUUCUCUGAUUAAUGCCCUCCUUGCCUGGUCCGUGAGUUUUGGUGGGCGGCCCUCUCUUGGCAGGUUUGUUGUGGUGCAUAUUCUUUCCAUUUUUUAAAUAAUUGAUUUAAUGGUGCUUCGUGGGAUGUUAAAAGUUUCUGAUAUUUUUUUAUAACCCAACACUGAUCUGUACUUCUCCACAACUUUGUCCCUGACCUGUUUGGAGAGCUCCUUGGUCUUCGUGGUGCCCCUUGCUUAGUGGUGCCCCUUGCUUAGUGGUGUUGCAGACUCUGGGGCCUUUUCAGAACAGGUGUGUGUGUGUGUGUGUGUGUGUGUGUGUGUGUGUGUGUGUAUAUAUAUAUAUAUAUAUAUAUAUAUAUAUAUAUAUAUAUAUAUAUAUAUAUAUAUAUAUAUAUAUAUAUAUAUAUAUAUAUAUAUAUAUAUAUAUAUAUAUAUAUAUGAGAUCAUGUUAUUUAUUUUUUUGAAACAAGUUAUUUUUUUCACUUCACCAAUUUGGACUAUUUUGUGUAUGUCCAUUACAUGAAAUCCAAAUAAAAAUCAAUUUAAAUUACAGUUUGUACUGCAACAAAAUAGGAAAAACGCCAAGAGGGGUGAAUACUUUUGCAAGGCACUGUAUAUAUUAAACCACCCAGACACAUCAAAGAUACAGUCGUUCUUCUGAACUGAGCUGCAGAACAGGAAUGAAACUACUCAGGGAUGUUACCAUGAGGCCACUGGUGAUUGUAGAACAGCUACAGAGUUCAAUGUCUGUGAUGGUAGAAAACUGAGGAUGAAUCAACAACAUGUUAGUGACUCCACAAUAAUGACCUAAAUGACAGAGUAAAAUACAUAACAAAUAUUCCAAAGGUUGCAUCUUCUAUGAAAGGAGGCACUAAAGUAACACUGCAAAAAAACACAAAAGGAAUACACUUUUUUGCCAAAAUGCAAAGCCUUACGUUUGUGGCAAACAAACUUUAUUUUCAAGCAUGGUGGUGGCUGCAUCAUGGUAUGGGUAUGCUUGACAUCUGCAAAUACUCUGAAGGUUUUCAGGAUAAAAAGAAACGGGAUUGAACUAAGCACAGGCAAAAUCCUAGAGGAAUUUAUCCUUUCAGCAGGACAAUAACCUACAACACAAGGCCAAAUCUACACUGGAGUUGCUUUCAAGAAGACGGUGCAUGUUCCUGAGUGGCCAAGUUACAGUUUUGACUUAAAUCUGCUUGAAAAUCUAUGACAAGACUUGAAAAUUACUGUCUAGCCAUGAUCACCAAAAUCUUGACAGAGCUUGAAGAAUAUUGAAAAUAAUAAUGGCCAAAUAUUGUACAAUCCAGUUGUGCAAAGCUCGUAUAGACUUACCCCAGAAGACUCACAGCUGUAAUCGAUGCCAAAGGGGUUUCUAACAUGUAUUGACUUAGGGAGCUUAAUGCUUAUGCAACGACUAUAUUUUUAAAUAUAAUUUCUAUCAGUCUUUUAAAUGUUCUUCCACUUUGACAGAGUAUUUUGUGUAAAUUGUUGACAAAAAAUUACAAUUCAAUUGUAAUACCACUUUGUAACACAAUAAAAUGUGAAGAAAUCCAAGGGUUCUGAAUACUUUUGCAAGGCACUGUAAAUGUAUGUAAAAAUCUCUGUAUAGUAUGUUUUUGUAUACAUUGAAAAUAGCAGCAAUCACUUAAAGGGGCACUCCUUAGUUGCUACAUCCAUUUUUGGAUGAUAUGUACCCAUUUGAUUCUUGAAGAAUAUAACAUACAGUGAGGGGAAAAAAGUAUUUGAUCCCCUGCUGAUUUUGUACAUUUGCCCACUGACAAAAAAACUGUCUAUAAUUGUAAUGGUAGGUUUAUUUGAACAGUGAGAGACAGAAUAACAACAACAAAAUCAAGCAUUUCAAAAAUGUUAUAAAUUGAUUUGCAUUUUAAUAAGGGAAAUAAGUAUUUGACCCCCUCUCAAUCAGAAAGAUUUCUGGCUCCCAGGUGUCUUUUAUACAGGUAAUGAGCUGAGAUUAGGAGCACACUCUUAAAGGGAGUGCUCCUAAUCUCAGCUUGUUACCUGUAUAAAAGACACCUGUCCACAGAAGCAAUUAAUCAAUCAGAUUCCAAACUCUCCACCAUGGCCAAGACCAAAGAGCUCUCCAAGGAUGUCAAGGACAAGAUUGUAGACCUACACAAGGCUAGAAUGGGCUACAAGACCAUCGCCAAGCAGCUUGGUGAGAAGGUGACAACAGUUGGUGCGAUUAUUCGCAAAUGGAAGAAACACAAAAUAACUGUCAAUCUCCCUCGGCCUGGGGCUCCAUGCAAGAUCUCACCUCGUGGAGUUGCAAUGACCAUGAGAACGGUGAGGAAUCAGCCCAGAACUACACGGGAGGAUCUUGUCAAUGAUCUCAAGGCAGCUGGGACCAUAGUCACCAAGAAAACAAUUAGUAACACACUACGCCGUGAAGGACUGAAAUCCUGCAGCGCCCGCAAGGUCCCCCUGCUCAAGAAAGCACAUAUACAGGGCCGUCUGAAGUUUGCCAAUGAACAUCUGAAUGAUUCAGAGGAGAACUGGGUGAAAGUGUUGUGGUCAGAUGAGACCAAAAUCGAGCUCUUUGGUAUCAACUCAACUCGCCGUGUUUGGAGGAGGAGGAAUGCUGCCUAUGACCCCCAAGAACACCAUCCCCACCGUCAAACAUGGAGGUGGAAACAUUAUGCUUUGGGGGUGUUUUUCUGCUAAGGGGACAGGACCACUUCACCGCAUCAAAGGGACGAUGGUCGGGGCCAUGUACCGUCAAAUCUUGGGUGAGAACUACCUUCCCUCAGCCAGGGCAUUGAAAAUGGGUCGUGGAUGGGUAUUCCAGCAUGACAAUGACCCAAAACACACGGCCAAGGUAACAAAGGAGUGGCUCAAGAAGAAGCACAUUAAGGUCCUGGAGUGGCCUAGCCAGUCUCCAGACCUUAAUCCCAUAGAAAAUCUGUGGAGGGAGCUGAAGGUUCGAGUUGCCAAACGUCAGCCUCAACCUUAAUGACGGAAAAUAUCUGCAAAGAGGAGUGGAACAAGAUCCCUCCUGAGAUGUGUGCAAUCCUGGUGGCCAACUACAAGAAACGUCUGACCUCUGUGAUUGCCAACAAGGGUUUUCCCACCAAGUACUAAGUCAUGUUUUGCAGAGGGGUCAACUACUUAUUUCCCUCAUUAAAAUGCAAAUCAAUUUAUUAAAAAAAUUUACAUGCGUUUUUCUGGAUUUUUUGUUUGUUAUUCUGUCUCUCACUGUUCAAAUAAACCUACAAUUAAAAUGAUAGACUGAUCAUGUCUUUGUCAGUGGGCAAACGUACAAAAUCAGCAGGGGAUCAAAUACUUUUUCCCCUCACUGUAAAUGCCUCAUGAGCUUAGUUCAACUGUCGUACCCCAUCAGAACCCAAAAUAUAAGCUUGUUUUACUCUAAUAUUUGUAAACAAAGUAAAUGUAAACAACCACUUCACUAUUAUUUUGAUAUUGUGGAUGAUCAGUCCUUGCAUCAUAGCGUUUUCUAUGGAUUUGAGUGGUUCCAUUUCUCCAGCCCAAUCCCUCAUCUUUUUACUGAAACUGUGGCGGGGAGUACACUGUUAAUGUUUCAAUUAAGGAUUGCCGCUUUAAUGUGUGUGUAUGCUUUCCAGGGCUAAGUACAUCAGUACAGAACUGGGGAUCCGGGAGCGCCUCUUUGUAGGGAUCCUGACAUCCAAAAACACCAUCAACACACUGGGAGUGGCCGUGAACCGCACCAUCAGCCACCACCUGGACGCCCUGGUCUUCUUCACCGGCAUGCGCAACCGCAAAGUGCCCCACGGCAUGUUCGUGGUCACCCAUGGGGACGAGAGGCUCAUUUGGAACAUGUUCCAGACCAUCAAGUACAUCUUAGAGCACUAUAUCAAUGAGUAUGACUGGUUCUAUCUAGCCCAGGACGACACCUAUACGGAGGCAGACAGGAUCAAACAGCUGGUGGCUCACCUGAGCAUGGACCGGGAGCUUUACAUGGGAAGUCCUGAGGAGUUUAUAGGUGGGGAGAUGGAGGGGAGGUACUGCUAUGGUGGGUUCGGAUACCUCCUGUCCCGUACCCUGCUGCUCCGGCUCAAACCCUUCCUGGAGAACUGUAGGAAUGACAUCCUGAGUGCCAGGCCUGACGAAUGGCUGGGCAGAUGCAUCAUUGAUUAUGUCAACACAAACUGUGUGGAUGAGCAUGAGGUAGGCUAUGUAUUAUUACUGUCUUGUACAGAAGAGUUCCAUGAAGGGAGUGCUGUUCCAUGGGUUUAUGGUCCCUUUGUCCAAGAGACUGUUUCCCGGACAUAGAUUAGGCCUAGUCCUAGGCCUAGAAUAAGAAGCAUGUUUAAUGGAGAUUCUCCAUUCAGUGUUUUUUAGUCCAUGACUAGGCUUAAUCUGUGCCCGAGAAAGCAUCCCUGUGUUUCUCAGGAAGUGAAUGUUUCUUGUGUCAACAAACCAGACCUGGGUUGAAUACAUCAUAUGUCAAAUACUUGAGCUGCACUUGAUUUAGUUCGUCCAGUACAAUAGAACCGAUGUAUAGUCACAAAAGUGGACGUUCAAGUAUUUAACAUGUGUAUUUGGCCCAGGUCUGCUCUGAAUUGAAACCACAAGUCCACUACCUUUCACUGGCAUCUCCCCCAAAAAGAUGAAAUAGAGCCUGACUUUAUGAAGCCUCAUAAACUUUACACUGCCUGCCAACAUAACUCAUUAUCCGUCGGUGUAGUAGGCUGGUUCCUGCUCAGUAAAAGCUUGACACACACACACCAUAUGGUAAACACGAAGACCGUAUACUACAACAUCAACAUAUAAGAUCCAUCUUUCAAGAUCUACCAGCCUCAUGUUCGAACACUUUCUUUACAAUCUACAUUUGUCGUGAAAAAGUAUAUUUUAAAUUAUAUACUAGUGACCUCUAUAGAAUAAGGUAUGUUGCACUAUAGUAGUGCUAAAACAUAGUUCUAACACCCAUCAGUGUUUUAGCACUACGUUCUCUAUAGAGACAGAAAGUUGACUGUUUGUCUCUCUUCACACUGUGGCCCCUGAGGGUACUUGUCCUCUCUUCUGUGACAGGGAGCUUUGCUUCUCCUGUUCUGCACUGACAGUCAGGGCCCCAGUGGAGCCCUGUCACAGUCACACUGCUUUUCCAAGUGACAGUUUAAAGACUGUGCACCUUAGCUAACUACAUUGAUUUAAUCUGUUUGUAUAUGCUACCCUUUUUGGCUCAAAGUGUGGCCGCAUGCACAUUGCACCUGAAUUUGUUCCAACAAUAUCACCAGUUAUACACCAUUCUACCGCAAUACUAUUUUAUAACUUUUUAAAAACAUAAUGAGUAGUUAAUUCAAGACAGUUUGAGUUUCCCUAAACUUUUUUCUGUGGCAUGUAACCUUCUAUACCCUCUUUACUUGGGCUUCCAUUUUUUCUCCUGUGGUCGGGCAUUUGAGCAGGAAACCAUCUUGUUUAAGAGUCUGUAUUGGAACAGAAACAGAGGGCCUGUUUCACUGCUGCGUGGUCAUCUUUCCUCAGGGCCAGCACAACAAAUAGGGGAAAAGUCAGAAGAAAAAACAUUGGAGAGUGUUAUGAGGAAGUACAACUCACGUUUAUCCUAAUUGGUUGUCUCUUUAGAUUAAAGCUGUAAUAUGUAUCUUUUUGGGCGACCUGACCAAAUUCACGUAAAUGUGUGUUAUAGAUCUGUCAUUCUCAUUGAAAGCAAAUCUAAGAAGCGGGAGAUCUGUUCUAUGUGCUCUAUUUCUAUGAUUUCCGUGCUUAAGUUGCAUUUUUGCUUCUUUUACUUUCUGCUUUGUACACUAGCUUCAAACAGCUGAAAAAUACAAUAUUUUUUGUUUAUGGAAAAUAUAUUUCAUGACGGUUUAGAUGGUACAAUGAUUCUCUACACCAGGGUUCUUCAAUUCCGGUCCUGGAGGGCCGAAACACUCCUGUUUUUUAUUUCUACCUGGUAGUUAAUAGCACUCACCUGGUGUCCCAGGUCUGACUUAGCCCCUGAUUAGAAGGAGAGGAUGAAAAACAGAGGUGUUUCGGCCCUCCAGGACCGGAAUUGAAGAACCCUGCUCUACACUAUACUUGCUUGUUUUGUCACAAACUGAAAUUAGGCAAACAAUUAGAAUUUUUGCAACCAGGAAAUGGCAGCGUGACUUCUGCAUAGUGCAUCUUUAAGUGGAGUCUUAUUACUUAUGGUCAUUUAGGUGUUAUUCGUACACUGACACCAUACAUUCCAGUAGUGUUUUUCCCUAUGAAGCCAUUUCCAUAAGUUUGUUAAACAUUAAUUGUUUGGACAGAAGUUGUUUUAUUAGUCGUAAGUACGGGAUACGCAAGGUAUACAUCGUCCAACAAAAUGUUUACUUGCAGGUUCCUUCUCGACAAUGCAACAGCAAUAAGAAAUACUAAAAGAAUAAGAAUACAAACAUAAAGUAAAAUGGCAGAAUAUAAAACGUUUUAGCAUAAGUAUAAUACAGGAAGUCACUGUUUUUAGUACAAUAUUUACACUUGUAUUGGGGGAGGGGAGAAUGGGGAGAAAGUGUAUACAUUUAGCAGUAUAAUAAGAGUCUGGUAGCAGUUGUGAUGUGUGCUAAAGUGCGGAGAAUUAGAGCAGGUGGUCAGUUCAGUUCAAGUGUUCAGCAGUCUGAUGGCUUGUAGAUAGAAACUGUCUCUGAACCUGUUGGUAUCAGACCUCAUGCUCCGAUACAUCUGGUGUGUGGGGUCCUUGAUGAUGCUGCGUGCCUUCCUUAGGCACUGUUUUGAGUAGAUGUCCUGGAUGGGUGGAAGCACGGUCCUAGUGAUGUACUGGGCUGUCUUCACCACCCACUGGAGGGCCUUGCAGAGCAUUUGAACCAGUGGGAUGUGUGUAUUCUAUUUAAUUCAUUGAGAAAAUACAAUCUAAAGUGCUGUACUCUUACAUGUUGUUAGGAUCCUAAAUAAAAUGGUUGUUGGAACUCUUAGUACAGAGAAAGUUGUUGCUCAAAAAGAAACCUUGCGGCAAUAGCCAUACUCCCCCUUUUGUGAUGACUGAUACGGUCAUAAGGGUUAAUGUGUUUGGAAACAGCUAGUGAAACAGCCAUUUAAGGAAAGAGGACCAAUGUGUGAUAGUGGAGCAUCAUCAGGGCUAAACGUCUAUAUCACUCUGAAAUGCGGUUUUAGUGAGGAAAGAUGACUAAUAGCCUUAGGUGAACUUGAACUGAUUCACUGUCAGAUAACACUGACACAUCCUCUUAGUUUUUUUUCAUACCUUGUCUGCUUCUCUUCGAGAGCACCCCUUGUCUCCCCUUACAUUAAUAUACUCCAUCCAAAUAGAUAGGAAAGCUUCCUAUCCAUUUUCAAGUAAACAAUUCUAUCAGCGUUCAACCGUCACUAGUAAAUAAUACACAGGGCUGUAUUUCCGGCAGGCGCUAAGGCGGCGCAAGUGUCAAACGCAUGUUAGUUGGUAAUUUCGGCAUGUCAAAUAUUUCUUUUUUUACCCCUUGCGUGAGGUUCGGCAGGCUUGCGCUGAGGUGGCAGGGGUAGCAAUAUUUGAGGUGUGUCCUCAAAAACAAGUGCAAAAAUGAAAAUGUCAUGGAGCACAAAUGGUGAGAUUUAAGACCAACGAAGAGCAGGCCUUUGCGGUAACAUGGUUGGUAAUGACAGGAUCUUGAGAGCGGGAGCGCAAACCUAUUCAGGCUGUAACUAUAUAUUUAGACAGCCUAUUUAAAACAAGUUGUUUCGAUUAUAAUUAUUCACUCUUUUUAAGCCGUAUCAAUAGUGACUUUAAUCUUGCUUAUUGACAACGUUUGGCAUGUCCAUGGUUCAGACAUGGAUGACAAUGCAAUUUACAGUUGGCCUAGCCCCUAUAUCAAUGCAAAUGCUAUGUUAAACAAUAUAUUUCCAUAUUGAAGCCGUGCAAUUACUUCUUAGAACAAUGUGCCCUGCAAACAUGUUCAACAUGUUUAGCAAAUAUGGGACAGGCCUACAUACAUUUUAUUUUGUUUCUGUAGGCUAUAUAGGCUAUAACAAACUAACAUUCAAAUCAGAGUUGAUGACAACGCAAUAUAUAAAAGACUGUAAAUACACAACUUGAAGCAACCACAUAUUUAGCCAUGGAGCAUAUUCUGAUUGGCCAGUGAGGGGUCAAGCCUUGACACACCUAUUUAUUUAUUCAUCAAAACCCAGCCCUUUCACACCACCACCAGCUACUGCGGCCAUAAUUCCCACUGUGAAAAUAGCAAGAAUAUAGCAUUACUGACAGCACUGAGAUUUACCACUGAGUUAGAUUUGUUAAAAUGGAGCCCAAAGAGUUAUAACUCAGUCUUCUGUUUGUUUUCACCCAAUUUCCCAUGAUACCACAUUGCUAAAUGUAUAUACAUUUUUUGUUUUCAGGGGCUGCAGUACUACCGUUACGAGAUGGGCAAGAACUCAGAUCCGAGUAAGGUGGAGAAUGUGCAGUUUAAGAAUGCCUUGACUGUCCACCCGGUGUCUGACCCUGAGCAGAUGUACAGACUACACAAACACUUCACUGAACUCGAACUUCAGAGGACAUACGAUGAGAUCGAGAAGCUGCAGGUAAACGAUCUGAUCCUGAACACCACAAAAUAUCCUUUGUUCAGUGAACACCGACAUAGUCAGUCUCCCUGUCUGUUUUCAUUUAACAUCCAGCGCUGAAGGCUUAUUUAUUUAAGUCGAAUAUUUGUUUUGUGAAUGACUCCACUCUCUUGGUUGGACAUAAUUAUCUUUUUAAAGACAUGCUCAGGAACCUUGCCAACUAGUAAGUGUUUUUUUUAAACCUCCCGCUUUGGGCUGGAUGAGUCGAUGUGUAGUUCAUUCAUGCGUAAUCUAUGAGCAGAAUUCCCUAGUUUGAAAGUUUUCUGGAAGCUUAGCGGCGCCAUUUUCCCUACAUUUUUCAACACGUGGGCCAGCCGUCUAGCAAUUUGAGUUCAAGCCAAUGAGAUUCAGCCCCUCGCCAUUUGAGUGACAGCUAGCAAGAUGUACACAGCAGAGAGGGAGAGAGAGCAAUAACGUUGUGCACAUAUCUGCACAUAUGUGACGUAGUAUGCAAUUUUCUGAGACCACUUUUGGCUCGUGAGCACUACUUUCAGAACUACUGGCUAAAACAUAUACAAAGGUACUGGAGAAUCUCUUUAAUUGUAGCAGUACAGUAUCACUGUCAGCUUAUGACUAUAUGUGUACAUCUCCUCAUGUGUCCACAGGCAGAGAUAAAGAAUGUGAGCAAAGUGGCUUUUGCUGGCAACCGGAGCUCCCAGUGGCCCAUUGGGAUCAAUCCUCCGUUUGAGCCUAAGUCUCGUUUUGAGGUCCUCCGAUGGGACUACUUCACAGAGGAGCAAGUGUAUUCAUGCAUUGACGGCUCCCCCAAGUGUGAACUGCGUGGCAUUGAUCGGUUGGACGUGGCCGCCAUCAUCGAGAUAGCCAUGGGGGAGCUGAACAAGAAGUACAAGCCUGUCCUCCACCUGAAGAAGCAGCAGCUGAUCAACGGCUACCGGCGCUUUGACCCCACUCGGGGCAUGGAGUACACCCUGGACCUGCAGCUGGAGGUAGUCAACCAGAAAGGCCGCAGUCGCUCCAUCACCAAGAGGGUCCACCUGGUGCGUCCUCUGAGUCGCAUCGAGAUCAUCCCCAUGCCUUACGUCACAGAGGCCACCAGGGUUCAUAUCAUCUUACCACUGACCUUUCAGGAUCGGGGCGCCGUCAACCAUUUUCUUGAAGUGUUUGCUGCAAAUUUGUUUGAGACCAGUGAAAACGCCAUCUUGACUUUACUGUUUAUCUACGACCCAUUCGAGGCCCAGCAGGUCAACCAGAAUGACAUAUUCUCCAGUGUUAAAGCCCAGAUCAAUGCCUACGAACGCAAGUAUCCGGCAGUGAAGAUCCUGUGGAUAAGUGUCAAGACCGAAACCCCUUCUCAAAUCAAAUUCAUGGACAUCAUCUCCAAGAAGCACCCAGUAGACACGCUGUUCUUCAUCACGAACGUCAACACCAACAUCAACUCAGAGUUCCUCAACCGUUGCCGCAUGAACUCCAUCAACAACUGGCAGGUAUUCUUCCCAAUCCACUUCCAGGACUACAACCCAGACAUCGCCUUCCACAACCAGGAGCCCCCACCCACAGUAGACCUGGUCAAGGACGCCGGACACUUUGACCGCAGUUCUUUUGAGGAGGCGUGCUUCUACAACUCGGACUAUAUGGUGACGCGCACACGCAUGGCCUCCGACGUGCAGGAGAACGAGGAGAUCCUGGAGACCUUGGAUAUCUACGACAUGUUUGUCAAGUACUCCACCCUUCAUGUGUUCAGGGCUGUGGAGCCGGCUCUGCACCAGAAGUACCGCUACCAGGCCUGUAACCCGCAGCUUAGUGAGGACAUCUACCACAGGUGUGUCCAGAGCAACCUGGAUGGCCUGGGAUCCCGUUCCCAGCUCGCCAUGCUGUUAUUUGAACAAGAGCAAGGAAAUAGCACUUGA